AUGUAUGGUACUACGAGCACCGAGCUCGCUGCACCCGGUAUUGGCGACCUUACUGGGGUAGCGAAUCCUCAUAACGGCCUGGCUAAUGACCCGGGUGCCGCCACGACGCACGACGUGUUCGGCGUGCUACCCAGCACGACCGACGCAUCUGGCUUCAUCGCAAAGACACGAUUGUCGUCUACGCCGAGCCCGUCGCUCUGCGUGCACGACAAGACCGACAUUCGCAACCAUGACCAGGUCGCCGUCGACGUACCCAGACGCACGUCAGCGACGUCUCCUUCGUCAAGGUGCGAGUCCAUCAUCGAUACUAUGCCCUGCGACGCAGCCGGAGUGCAAUCAAGCACGCUCGGCGCGUCCACAUCUACCUUCAAGGCAUACUCGUCGAGUACGGCGAGUUCAUCACUCACCAUGCACAGCAAGCCCACCACCUGCGAUGACGUCGCCAUCGACGCGCCCAGAAGUACGUCGAUCGACGCAUCCACAUCGAUGUAUACCAACAUCAGCGACGACGCCGCGAUCGACACGCUCAAAAGCUCGUCGAUCAGCUUGUCGACACUGCGGCCCACAUCAGCGUCGACCUCCACCUCAACGGGAUGCAAGGCUCCCAUCAAGGAUCCGUCCGACGGCCUGGCUAACGAGCCCAGCGCUGUCGCGACGCUCGACGUGUUCGGCGUGCAGCUCAGCAUGACCGACGUGUCGUACGCCUUUCAUGCGACAUCCAUCCAUCAUAUAGGAAUUACGUCGACUCGGAGCUCGAGGCUUGAUGUAUUAUCUGUCGAUGAGUCUUCGAAUGCACGGUCCGCACGCUUGUUCGUGCCUACUGAUAUCCGUCAAGCUUAUGCCUUGAUGCGCACGCAUUCGGUACCCAUCCCAGUAGAUGGUACAGCGAACAAUGAGUUCGUUGCACCUGCUGCUGGCGAUUCAGUCAGGGUACUGAAUCUUCGCGAUGAGUUGGUCAACGAGCCCACCGUCACGAAGUACGACGUGUCCGGAGUGCAAACGAGCACGACCGGCGCGUCUUCUUCAUAUACUACAACACCUGCUCUUCGUACAGAGAGCACGCCGAGCUCGAGGCUUGACGUGUUCACUGUUGACGAGCCUAGCAACGCGCGCAACGCACGCUCUAACGUGCUCGCCGCGUAUCUCAAACCCCAUGUACUGGCAAGCUCAACGAUCACCGCACAUGGCGAGCACAACACUCUCGAUGAUGUCGCCAUCGAUGUACCUCUGAGCACGUCGAUCGACUCAUCCGCAUUGUCGAUCACACCUACUCCGACAAGGGGCAAGACCAGCCCGGUCAAGGCUCCGUCAAGCGACGCAGUCAGCGUGCGAUUGAGCACGACUGGCUCGUCCUCCUCUAUCAAGAUGCUGUCAUCGAGCAGAGCGAGCCCUUCGCUCGCUGCAUAUGGCGAGACCGACACCGGUGACAACGCCGUGAUCAACGCGCCCAAAAGCUUGUCGAUCAGCUCAUCGACAUCGCGGCCUGCACCAGCGUCGACUGCCUCUACGUCAACGGGAUGCAAGGCUCCGGAUUUGACACUGGCCAUGUCGUCCAGCCUCAAGAACUCGGCCAUGAUGGACGAGAGCUCGACGAAGGACAGUACAUCCAACUUAAAGGAUGUACUGACUCCGUCAGCAUCGCCAUCAACGAGUACUGUGACUCGCCCGCAAGAUGAGCUGUCUCACUCAAGCUCGUACGAGCGGUACAGGCCUCCCGCACUACGUGAUCAGGCCCCAGUCCGUGCACACCAGGAGUCAAGCUCGCAGGCGCAGGAACCUUCGGCCGACGAGCAAGGCCAAAACCGGCCUGCGCGCUGCACGUACGAGGAGCUGAGCUCGAACGUGCGCCCUACAUCCUCCAUCAAGACGUUGUCGCCGAGCAUAGCGAGCUCGUCGACACCACUGCACACGUCAGCUUCGACAAUCCGUGGGCACGACGGCGUGAAGAAACACAGUACACCCACUCUGUUGGAUGUACUGCCAUCUUCACGGUUGCCAGUCUUGUCGAAGACUAGGAAGCCGGGCAUGUCGUCCGACACAGGGACGAGCAAGUCCGUCAGCUUCGAUCGCGGAAACCCACGCGGACGCAAGUCCAACCUUGGCGCAUUUGUGUCGAGUCCCUACACGUUGGGUACCCGCUGCACGUACGAAGAACUGAUCUGGCAUGCGUGCAUGACCUCGACCACCAAGACCACCAAGCAGGUCAUCGAGCAAUCAAUGAGGCCCAGUACAUCCGAGUCGCCAGAUGUACUGACCUCAUCGUAUGUACUCGAUGGCUGA